UUGGUUUCCACGGAAACAUUCAGAUUUAAUUCAGAUUUAGUUAAAGUUUAGAAACAGAAAAACAAAGCAGAUGUUCAGUAACUCCUCUUUGGUAAACGCGUUUUUACAAACAACAUGGACACGCCUGAGAAGACAAAUGAUCAAACACAUGAAGACGGACCAGGUGUCUUUUCCACUGCUGUGUCCGAGGAGCAUCUGGAAAGGGCCAGGAGAAGAAGCACCUACGUGGACUUCAGUGAUCGGCUUGUUGCAGUCAGAGACCAUCGCUUUCGAAGACCUAAACUGCAUCCGGACAUAAUCAUUAAGAGCAAAGCUGCAGAGCAUUUAAUAAAAGGGAAAGAGGCAGUGGAGAAGUCCCAGUAUGAGAAGGCUGUGCUCUGCUUCUCCAAAGCCAUCUACCUGCAGCCUGAACAGACGGAGCUGCAUGUGAGCCUGGGAGAGGCUUAUAUUCAGCUGUGUGACUUCCAGUCGGCAGCCGACUGUUAUAAUCGAGCCAGUUUUCUGGAGCCUGGAGCUUUCGACGCUCGUCUGUCCUUCAUCUACCACAUGCAGGUAAAACCUCCCGCAUUAUUCAUCUGA